AAACUGAAAUAAUAAUCCAAAAUACCUACACAGUUUGUUUGUGUGUGUGUAUGUUUUCUCAAAGCCAUAUACAAAAGGAUUUUAUUCAAAAGUGUUAAGGAUAAUCCAACUGAUUGUCAAGUGCAUUGUUUAGCGCGAGGAUGAAUAUAAAUUCAAAUUCCUCUACACACGUUAACGUUUAUAGUGAAUGAAAAAUCCAGACGAUUUGUUGUUGUGUGAUGGUUUAGUGUAAAAGUGCAACAAACUUUGCCCUGAUGAGUGCUUGUAUAGGCUAUUGAUCCUUAUUUGCGUAACAAUCGCCAGUCAUGCAAAUUAUUCCAUCGUAUACUACCUUUGCACUAGUAUAAAAGAGGAUGUGGUAUUGUGGGUGUUUCUGUUUAGACAUUAAAAUUGUAGUAAUGAUAAAUUUUUAUUGAGGUAGAUUCAAUUAUCUAACGGUUAUUGUUGUUUUUGAGUUCUCGAUGUAUUGGUAUAAUAUAAAGUUUCGGUCAAAAUUGUCUAGGAGAUUGCACGAUAGACAAUAAAGGAUUCAGUGCUUUUCCAGAGCGAUAUGGUGAAUGACUUUCCUGGAAAGCCAGCGCUACAAAUUUCUAUUCGUGAGCAAUGUGAUAAAUUUAAGUGACAGUUUUCUAUAAAAAAAACAAAUAACAAAAAACAAAAAAAUUAUACCUAAGGACAGAACGUGGUGAUUGUUUUGAUAAAAAAAGUAGCAAUUUUUUACUGACUUCCAUUCCAACGACGAAAGCCGGUCAUUUCGGUAUGAACUUUUGAAAUGUCACCAAUGCAUCAUCAUCAUCAUACUUACUAUGCAUGGAUGGAAAUUUUUUCAAAUAUGGAGACUUAAUUAUUAGUAUAUUGUUCGCGAAAGACUGUUUUGUUUCAUUUGUGGUUUAUUUGUGUCAGUGCAGUGAGAGGUGGAAUUUAAAACUUUGUAAAACUUAAUUAGUAACUUUAUUUGUGCAAUUCCAGUUACAAUUCCAGUGUAAUUAUGCCGCCCAAGAGGAAAAAACGAUUUCAUGGAUUGUAUUAUCAUUCGUCACCUCCCAGAGUUUUACCAAUGAAUGCCCAAGCACCAGUUGAAACAAAAAAGAAGAGUGCUGAUGAUUUUUCCAUACGAUUGUCCACUAUUCGAAUAUGGAUGCACGAAAAAGAUAUUGGAAAAUUGACAAGGGUCUUGUGGGCGGGUCAAGGAAACCGAUUGCGACAGCAAGCGAGUACAAAUCCAAAAGUAAAGCGUUUUUUAGCAGCAGUUCCAUAUGUCAUGAAUUCAAUUAAGGAUGUGCAUCAAUCAGUUGUGGACAAUAGCUUGGAGACUCUUCAAGCUACAAUGGAAUCAAAUGUUCCACCAACUUUGAUUACGUGCAAGGAUGCGAACGGAUUGAAUGUGAUACAUAAAGCAGCUGGGUUGGGACAUUACAUGAUGUUGGAGUAUUUAUUGAGUAUUUGGCCAGAUGGCGCUCAUGAGACAGAUAUGACUGGAAAGACGGCCUUGCAUUGGGCUGCUAGUGCUAAAAAUAAUAUGCGGUGCUAUACUCUUCUUACGCAAGCUGGAUGCGAAGAAGAUGCCUUAGAUUAUAAAAUGAAAACCCCACUUUACUACAAGCAAAAGCACAACGAAAUUGAACGAUCCUUCCUAACACAGGUGCCAGAGGCACCACGUGUUUCACAGGAUAUUCCCGUUGAUUGGGAGGCAUUGGCUAGUGAUGAUAGUGAUGAUAGAAAGAAACCAGAUAUAAUUAUUCCAAAUGGUAGGAGAAAGUCUGAUAUAUUGGGAAAUAGUGUUAAUCUUUUGACAUCACGCUCGGAAGCUAAUAGUAUUGAGAAUACUUCGGAGCCGGAUCUUUUUCAAGGAGACAAUACCAAUGAUGAACAUCAUGAACCACAAAUCGAAGAACCUAAAUCCAAUGAUGAUACAAAAAAUCCAUUAGAAAAUGGUCAUAUGACAAAUAGUGAAGUAGAAAUUUCAGAAUCCGAGCCUGCAAGCCCACCAGAAACUCCAGAAGAAACUCAAGAAGAAGAAGAAACCCAAAAUGAAGAAGAAGAACUUGAAGAAAAAGAACCUGAAAAACUUUCAGAAGAUGAGAAUGUUGGGAAUACUUUGAAUGAUCAGAAUAACAAUGAGGAAGAAAGUGGUGUUGACAAAGCAGAAGAAGACAAAUCAAGUGACAAUGUUGAAAAUAUUAAAAAUGGCGAUGAAAAAGAGGCUAUUGAAGAUGAAGGUCACAAGGAGAAGGAAAAUGAAGACAAAAAGGACGAAGAAAAUCAAGAAAAAGGUGAUACUGAAAAUAAAGAAGCUAAUGUUGAAGACGACAAAAAAGAAGAAGUGAAAGAAGAAAUUGAAACUAAAGAGAAAAAUGAUGAAGAAAAUGAAGACACAGAAAAAGAGGUAGAAAAUGAUAAAGAAAAGACUGAUGUAACCGAUAGUAUUAAGGACAACGAUGAAACAGAUAAAGAUAAUGAUAAAACUAAGGAACAAAUAACUAAUGAAGAAGAAGAGGAGAUAAAAAAAGAAUCAGAUGAAAAACCGAGUGCUGAAGAAAUCACUGAAAGCUCUAAAGAACAAGUCGAUGAAAAUCCGAGUGCUGAAGAAGUCACUGAAAGCUCUGAAAAAGAAGUUGAAAAUGAAUCUUCAUCACCUUCAACAGAAAAGACCGAAGUGGAAGAUAUAAAAACAAAAGAAACUCAAAUUGAAACAACAGAUUCAAAAGAUCAGCCAUUGGAAGAAACACCAUCAUCGCCAUCGGAAGUUUCUCAACCAGAAACCCAAUCAGAAGAAAAACAAUCAAAAGAACCUUCAACUGAAGAAACUCUUUUAGAACAAUCUUCCUCAGAAGAAAUUCAUGUAGAAACUCCUGAAGAAAAACGACCACAAUCAAAGAAAUCUGAAACUGGUUCAUCUAAUUCAGCUGACUCUCAUUCUCAAAAAUUAGAAAAUGAAACUGAUGAAAUAAAGAUCAAUGGAAAUCAUAGUUUUAAAGAUGGAAAAACUUCUAAAGAUGAAAAACAUAAAGAAGAUAAGAAACAUGAAGAUGACGAUGAAGAUGAUGAUGAUGAUCAGGAUGUAGAGAUUGAACGAAUCGACACAUCACGAUCACACCAACAAACUGAUGAAAAUGAAAAUAAUCCCGAGUUUGAAGAUAAGAUGACAUCUGAUUCACCAACAUCUUCAUUGGCCAUAGAAGGAUUUGUUCGUGGUGAUUCCGAGGAUAAUCAAGUUCAGUCAGAAAGUGCAGCUUACUUAGAUGAUGAAGAACGGUAUAUUGAAGCAAUAAUAAAUUCUGGUGAUAUGGAACAACUUGCUGCACUUGUCUUAAAUGGUGAUGGCAAAAAGAUUUUAAAUAGAAAAUCUUCAAAGCCAGAAAUUCAAGCAUUUUUAACAAAUGUACCAGCUUAUAUGGAUAAAAUAUCACGAGUACAUGAAGCAGCUAGACAAGGAACUUUAUAUCAGUUGCAAGCUGCAUUGGAUAGACGAAAAUUCGCAAUUGCCAAAGACGAAAUGUCACCGUGUGGCGCAUCGCCACUUCAUGUUGGGGUUCUGUUUGGACACUCAGAUAUUGUACGUUAUCUAGCUGGACGAUUCCCGGAAACAACUAGCGCCGUAGAUGAUGACGGUCGAACAGCACUUCACUAUGCUGCAACAAUAAACGACAAUGGACAUUUCUUCAACCUGCUAUCGCAUUUGGGAGGCAAUCCGAAGGCAACCGAUAAACUUGGGAAUACAGCCGAGUUUUAUAUGAAUGAUGAGAGGGCUAAGAAUGUCCUUACGUACAGGCAAUUGUUGAAACGAUUCGGUGCCGAAACCCUCGAGGAUGAAAUGCUUAGCGAUCAAGUUCCGGACGACUUGCACAGUUCUCGUAGAAAUAUGCUGGACAUGGAUGUAGCCACAACCUUGGAGCGAUGUUUUUCGGUUAUUCAAGAAUCUAGCAAAUGCUUGAGCAGUGCAACAGCUUCUGCUAUAGCAACUCAACGAAGACCCAGAAGUGCCUCAUCUCAACCAUUGACAGUAACAAGUUAUUUGGGUAAAUUUCUUCGACGAAGUGUAUUUGAUAAAAUCAAGAAACGUCAAACCCGGUUGGAUCAUAAUUUAUUCGAUGUAAUUUGGCCAGCAAUGCGAAAAACAAUACGAGAACGAAGAUUUGACGAAGAUUUAAACCUAGGUGUUAUAGCUCCCGAUUAUGAUGUUUAUGUAGUUUUUCAAGAGUUUCUUGUACCACUGAUAAAAGAUAUUCACUGUCUUAAUAUAAGUAGUGACUUUAAGCCACAUCCAAGAAUUGCCUAUUUUCCAAUUGCAAAUGGCGAACGAAUGACUCAUUUGCCAUUUGUACUGAACGAUGAAUCAAAACUGAUAACACAGUGUUCAAUCGAGUGUUCGAGAAACUUGGAAGGUCUUGAACUACCAUUGAAUUUGAAUGUGGCACAAAUCGAACAAGCUGAACGAGCAAUGAUGGGGAAGAUAUUUACAACGAAUUUCGCGAAAGCUAUUGGAGAUAAGGAAACUGGAAGCUAUUAUACUUUGAAUGAGGUAAUAGAGGAGAAUUCAGUGAUAUUGAAGAUGUUGCAAGAUGCUGGAUUGUUGAUUCCCGAUUUAGAGGUGAAAGAUCGUGCUCAGGAAGCCGAAUGUCUAGCUUACAAUGGUCAGCUGUGGCCCUACGGACGAGGAGUAUUUGUUAAUGCAGAGCAGAAUCUUGCUCUUUGGUUAAAUUGCCAGGAACAUCUUCGAAUAAUUUCAUCAACUGGCAGACUUAAUGCUCCAAAUAUUGGAAUGAUCUAUAGUAAAGUUGGAAGAGCUGUAACCUAUCUUGAAACUCAAUUACAUUUCAAAGAAAGCUAUCUUUUGGGAUAUCUUGCUGCUAGGCCACAUUUCCUUGGAACUGGCCUUAAGAUGACAACAACUAUCCAAUUGCCAAAUUUAAUCAAGGAAGUCGAUAAUCUACGACAUUUGUGUUCAGUUCGAGGACUCUUAAUGAUGAGUAGCCAAUUAAAAAAUUCUGUUCGUCUUGUUAAUAUGCAAAGUUUGGGUGCAAUUGAAUUGUUGCUCUUUAAAGAAUAUUGUACAGCGGUAACGAAUAUUAUUUCUUUGGAAAAAGACAUGUCACUGACUAAUUCUAAACAUAUUGCCUCAAUGUUGGUUAAAAUAUUUAGACGGAAAAAAGAUACUUUAGUUGAUCGAACUUAAAUUAGAAAAUAAAAACAAUAAUCAAAAAUAAACAAUCAUUAUAGUGCCUUAAGAUAAUAAUUUUUAUGUUUAUGUGUGUUUUUUCUUGUG